AUGUUUGACGUGGACUUGGACUCAUAUUUCAUCGCACCCGACCCAAAAAUGUUUGACGAACCCAUGUAUAAGCGGAAUGAGGACAACCAAAACGGGAUCAACCACAGAGUAGCUCACGUCAAGCGAAAUGCCGCGGCAUCUUGCCCUGCCGAAAUUGACGCCUCUGUCGAAUUUAUAUCUGACUAUGAGUCUUAUUUAAAGGUUCUUGACGUGAGUGCUUCUGCCACCAUUUCCGGCUAUGACCAGACAGCAUCCGCAUCAAGCAGUUAUCUUGAUAAGUCAAGGUUCGCCUCAAAUACGUUGACGUAUAUGGCUAUAAUCAAUAUAAAAAAACAGAUCAACACUGGUGAGGAAUUUGCAUUCAACACGAACCUUUAUUCCAAUUCAUCAUUUGCAAAGACCUUUGGAGACCGGUGGAUCCGAGGGUUCCAGAUGGGCGCCAAAUUAGUUGCUCGAAUAUCCCUUACAGCCAAAGAAAGGUCUAAUCAAGAAGAAUUAAAAGCAACCGCCGAGGCUUCAUUGGCCUUCUGGGGUGUUUCAGGCCAAGUCAACACAGCAGUAACAUCGAGCAUGGAAAAGUUGAAUAAGCAGGCCCACGUCAAGGUUGACAUCUUCUAUCAAGGCGAGAUUGGCAAGCAAUUACAGGGCCAGUCAGCGUCGACAAGCGGCGAUCAGCAGCCUGCUCAACAGGUGUUUGCAAACGCCAAAUCGUGGGCAGACCUCUUCCUGACCGAGGCUUGCAAACACAAUUACAAGUAUCAAGCCCUUCUUGACGAAUAUCCAAACGUUAAGGGCUUCCCCGAGAAUCAAGCCGUAUUAGACUACUCCACGGCAGAAAAGGUAUCUUACCGUGUUCUGUCAGAACUCGUCAAGAUUUCAGAACUGGCACAAGUCCUGCGAAAAAGCAAGGUUUUGAAUCAGGCGGAUGGGGAUCAGAUUUUAUGGGACGAGCUCGCCAUAGUCGAGGCUUGCAAGACAUGGGUGCAAAACACAGCCGCAACGCCCAAUAACGGCACAGAAACCGCAAAGGAGCUUAUAAAGCUAUUUGACACGGCCUUCUACGCAAAAUGGAGACCACGAUUAAAGGACAUCAAGGGCGAUCUUACGGUUCAGAACACGACGGAAUUCGUCCGGGUCUGGGACGACAGGGGCACCGGUGCUUCCAGGGGAGCCAGCUUUUGGCUCCCCCGGGCUCAAGGAGAGCUGCGGCCCCUGGGUAGCGUGGGCGUUGCCAACUACGACGACAUCAACAGCCACUUGACGGCAGUCCUCGUCGCGCCUACCCCCGGACGAACUCCCAGCAAGCCAGUCGUUGCGAGCCCCGUUGGCUUCAACCGGAUAUGGAGAGACCUUUGGAGCGGUGCCAACAGUGACGGGUCAUUCUGGCGACCUACGGCGCCCGAGGGCUACAAGUGCAUCGGCGAUGUUGUCCAGAAUAGCUGGUCCGAGCCUAACAAGGAUGUUAUCUGGUGUCUGCGAGCUGAUCUCGUGAAGCCCUCUGCUUACGAAUCGCCGAGCUUGUGGGAUGACAAGGGGUCGGGGUCGGCCUACGGCGUGCAUGUGUAUAAUGUACAGCCUAGGUCCGACAAACGCCUUAAUGUUUUGCGGGCCUUUAGCGAUCCUGAUCCGGAUAAGAAUAUCGCCUCUCAGCUGAUUGCGCCCUCUGGUGCGAACUUGUAA